UUCCCAUGCGAACAACUGUAAGCCUGCCUCUGCCCCCCUGUACCUGCUAAGGAGCCUCCUUGUGUCCUCCUGCAGUGUAUGAUCAAAGUUGACUGAGCAUGUCAUCCAUCAUGUGACCCACAGACAAGGGGCCAGUUUCCUAUGUGGCUUGUCUACAGCAGUUUUCAGACUUCUGCAGCCAGUUUGUCAGUUUUCCUUUAAUUUCUCAUAUUGCCAUGAGCAUAACCAAAAUAUUUGUACAUGUUUAAGUGAGUUUGCAUACCAGGAUCUGUUUGUUGUAUAUAUUCUUAGGGGGAAAUGGGCUGGAAUAGGAAGUGACUGUUUGGGGGAGGGAGGUGUUAAUAAUAUUACACAGAGCAGUCUCAGGACGGCUUAUGGUGUUUCUUAUGCUUUUCCAACAUGUAAUUUGAUGAUUCCUUUUGUUUGUUUGUUUGUUUGCUUUAUUCAGAAAGAACUUGUGCAUAACCUCUGCCUGGUGUCAUUUUCUUUCAGGUGACUUUUCAGAUCACCCCUCCGUGUGCCAGCGAGAGGCACUAUGAGCAUUUUGGACGGUGCUGUAACAAAUGUGAGCCAGGGACGUACAUGUCUGCCAAGUGCACUACUACCUCGGAAAGUGUGUGUCUGCCCUGCGGCAGGGAUGAAUACCUGGACAGCUGGAAUGAAGAAGACAAGUGCUUGCUGCAUAAAGUUUGCGAUACAGGCAAGGCCCUGGUGGCGGUGGAGCCCGGCAACCGGACAGCCCCGCGACGCUGCGCCUGCAUGGCGGGCUACCACUGGAGCGAGGACUGUGACUGCUGCCGCCGCAACGCCGAGUGCGCGCCCGGCUUGGGCGCCCGGCACCCGGCUCAACAAAGACACGGUGUGCGAGCCCUGCCUUGUAGGCUAUUUCUCCGAUGUCUUUUCUUCCACAGAAAAAUGCAAACCCUGGACCAACUGUACCAAUCUUGGACAGAUGGAAGCACGUCACGGGACCGAUAAGUCAGACGUGGUCUGUAGUUAUUCUCUGCUGUCUACAGAACUACCCAAUGAGCCCCAGAUUUUCUUGCCCAGUUUGAUCAUCCUGCUUCUCUUCGUAUCUGUGGCAUUAGUCGCUGUUGUCUUCUCUGCUGUUUACUACCGGAAACAAGGGAAAGCACUAACAGCUAAUUUGUGGCGCUGGGUCAAUGAGACAUGCGGCCGCCUAAGUGGAAAUAAGCAGGAACCCUCAGGAAGCAAUUUUAGCCGCACUCCCAUGGAAGCCUCGAGCCAGCGGGAACUUUGCGACGGGGUCCUACUGCUGACCCUGGAAGAGAAGGUGUUUUCGGAAGACCUGUGCUGGCCGGAAGGAGCCGGGGUCUGCGGGGGCGCGUGUGCAGGCUGCGCCCAGGCAGAAGACACCAGGAUGCUCACCUUGGUCAGCGAGAUGGAGGGCGACUCCUUCAAGCAGAUUCCCAUGGAAGACGAAUAUGUGGACCGGCCUCCCCAGACACCAGCCUCCUUACUGGGCCUCACUGGGCCGGGAAGCAGAUCCAUACCCCCUUUCCCGGAGCCCCUGGAGGUGGGGGAGGAUGACAGUUUAAGCCAGGCCUUCACCGGAACAGAGACCCUGCCCGAUUCCAAAAGCUGCAAUUUGGCCGAGCCCCCAUGCAGGACCGAUUGGAUUCCCAUGUCCUCCGAAAAGUACUUGCAGAAAGAAGUGGAGGGCGGCAACUGUCCCCACUGGGCGGCCUCCACCUCGGCAGAUGGCUGCGCAGGCUGCGGGAACCCUUCUGGGGAGGACCGGGAGCCCUUUCUGGGUUUCCCAAAAAGUGGACCCUUGCCCCAAUGCGCCUACGGCAUGGGCCUUCCGCCUGAAGAAGCAGCUGAAGAGGCGGAGGGCGGAGGCCAGCCCUGGGAUGAGGCUGAUGCGCGGCCUCCCAGCUCCAGCAGGGGAGGCCCUGGGUCUGGAAGCGCCUCCAGUGAGCAGCCACCUGCAUCUGGAAAUGUGACUGGAAACAGUAACUCCACGUUUAUUUCCAGCGGGCAGGUGAUGAAUUUCAAGGGGGACAUCAUCGUGGUCUACGUCAGUCAGAACUCCCAGGAGGGCCCGGCGGGGCCGGGCGGUGGCGCUGGGGAGCCGGUGGGUCACCCGGUGCAGGAGGAGAGCCCGCCGUGCUGCGACUCGUUCGCGGGCCUCGGGCCGCGCUUCCCGGACACGUGCAGCGCCCCGGAGCCCGACAAGGCUUCGCGGCCGGUGCAGGAGCAGGGAGAGGCCGAGGCCCGCGCGCCCGGGGCGCAGCGCUGAGCGCCCGCUGCCCGCUGUGGCUCUCGGCGCUGCUCGGAUCGGGGAUGCCGCCGGAUCAGCCGCGACCUCCCGGCCGUCAGCCCACCCUCCGCAGCCCACCCUCUGGCCAUCGGCACCACAGGGACCUCGUACCUGCCUGGAGGUGCGGGCCGCGUGGGCCACGAGCACCUGCACCUGGGCUGGGGGCGGGGCACGGCCCGGGAUCGGCCUGCACGCUGCUCCAUGCGGUACAUCUGCGUCCAGUUACCUGACAUUUCCCACCCACCGUGCUAUUCGUUGAAUCGGGGCUUUUUAAAAACGCAAAUGUGUUUUCACCACCCAUUGGCGUGCAGUCACAUACCAGCUGAUGACUCAGGUACACGUUGCUCUAAUUCGGUUGCUCCACUUUUUACUCCCUUUUAUGGUUUUCCUCUCUCCCUCCUCCCGCCCAAUCCCAUUAUCAUUUCGUCAGUAGCCUGUCUCUUUAGGACAUGUUUUUAUGGCGGCCCUGUUGUAUUGGAUCUGGGCUUUUCCCCUCUUGUAUUUGUAUUUCACUUAAUCUCAUAACAUUUUUCUUGAUAGCCCCCACCUCCACCCCCCCCCAUACUUUUUUUUUUUUUUUUUUUUUUUUACUAUUAAGGAUUUUUCUUGAAUUCUCUCAAGGGUGAUGGUCUUUGUGUAUUAUCUGUUGCGCCCCUUCUCACCAGUACCUACCUGUGUUUCGGAAAUGCCUGGGGUGAGGGUUGGAGAGGUGGGGGGAGUGUUGGGGUCUGUACUAAGCACUUUUGGGAAAAGGUUAGAAAUGUGAAGUCUGAAGGGAGGCUCAGGGAACAAGUGGAGGGACUUUUCGUUUUUGAGAACAUUUCUGAAUUCCCGUUUUUCUAAAAGAGGGAAAAGGGGAAACUCCUUUUCUCCUCUGAAUGUUUUUAUGUUUUGUCCAUCGUUAGGCAGAGCUGAGUUGUAGUGUGCAUCCUCCUCCCCUGCACCCUCCCCACAUGUUCAUCCCCGGGGGGAGUUUAUUUGCCCCUUCCAGCAGAGGCAGCCAGGUCCUGCUGUAAAUCCCUAAAGAUGCGGGCUACUGCAGCUUUGCAUUCUUAUUCUUGAUGUCUCUCAGGGAAAAUAUGUGGAACUGAAUAGGGCUCGGAGAUAGCCUGCACAGAGCGAAAAGAAGGUGCUAGGGAAGCUCAAGAAAGCAAGCAUCAAGUUGAAAGUUAAUAUGCAUUUUCUUUCUCUAGACCAGAGUGGCAUAAAUGCAUUUAGGCAACAGGCCUUAUUUUCUUCCUAAGUAGAACUUAGCCUCGCAGAAGUGGACGACACUCUGCUAUUUUCCAGUGCAUUUCAAUUAAAAAACAAAUCCUCCUCUGGUGGAUUGAGGAAACUGUAUCAUACAGGUAGUAUUCUCUUAGCAUCAGUCCUCUUGUUAGGAAACAUACAGUGUGAGUCAGACUGAAGGGAGUUACCUGGGUUGUUCCAUCUGUUGUGGUCAAUGAGUAUUUGUUCUCAAAUACUAGAGAAAAGUUAAAGUACCUAAAAUUAAUUUUUCAGGUCUGAUAGGUUUUCAGAGUGCUAACCGUGGUCACUGUCCACACUCUAAUGGCCUGGCUAAAGGGAAUGGCCACUGAUCACGGGUUUCUCCCAUCGAUUGUAGUUCUCUUGGAAAUGCCGCAAUGGUAGCAGUCAAUUAUGACUUUUAAUGGAGAAGCAGAGGGGGGCUUUAUAAUUUAUGGGAUUCCUUAGCGGGUGGAAAAAAUUGCAAGAAGAAACUGCCAGGAUGAUCAGUUGGUGGGAAUUUCCUGUCUGUUCUGCCCUUUUAGUUAACAUUCAUCCAAAGAGAUGUUAUAAAAUGGGAGAAACCAUUAUACCUUUUGAGAUGGAAUAUAUUAAACAAAGUAGAGUUCACAAAGUAGGAUGCUGAGCUAAAAACCCAAGUUUCCGCCGUGACGUCAUCAUCCCACUGAUAUUACUUUACCUUUCUGUGCUUUCAUUUUUCUUCCUAGGAAAAGGCACUAAUGAUAAUUUUUGACACUCUCCCUACCCAGAGAUAACAAAAGGAUGAGCUCCUUACAAAAAGGGUGCUAAACAAUUAAGAAUCUACUUUCAGAGAAAGGUAGUAUUCGCAUUCUUUCCCACACUGACCCCGACUAAUUCUGUAUUGACCCAAAGACAAUUCAUGAUAGGAAAUGUAUAGCAAUUGUAAGUCUGCCUCUGUGUAUUAUAGAGAUGUAUGUGACAAAUGUAAAAAGAAUGCAAUGAAGACAACAAUGAAAACUUGUUUGGGGGAAUGUGAUAAAGAGAUUAUUAAAUGUAAUAUUUGACCAUAGGAGAGUUCUUUCGUGGUUUGCUUAAACAGGGCUCUUUGUUAAACAACCAUCUGUCUUAUUCCUGAUCUCUGUGGUAUGCUCUGGUGUUCAAUGUUGGCUAUGUUGUGUCUUAUUGGUGGGACCCGUGACAACUGAGUUGGGACAGAACACGACUUGCUUGCCUUGAUGACAUAUCUGCUGUUGAUCUCAUAAGAAAUGUUUGUAAAACAUGGAGUUGAAAGGGAAAUGGAGCCUGAUAGUUCCUACCCAUAUUUAACACAAAUACCAGAAAAAGGAAAAAAAAUCAAAUUUUCUCUGUACCUAUAUGCACAAAGAGCAAUUUGAAUGUGCUGUAGUGGGACCUUCCUAUGGUGGGGCAGAGAGGGCUCUUGCUAUGAAACAAACCACCCAGAACUUAGCGGCUUAAAACACUACCAUUUAUUUAGUUCACAAGUCUGCAUUGGCUCAGCGUGGUUGGUUCUCCAGGCCUGGGUCAGCCCCGCUGGGCUUGCUCCCAUGUGCAGUCUGCAGGCUGCAUGGGUGUAGGCUGGGCCAGGCUGAGCCCUCUCCAGAUGGACCCUCAUCCUCCCAGAGGGCUAGGCUGGCCAUGUGCUGAUGGUGGUGGCGAGGUUCUGAGAGAGCAAACAAAAGCAUGUCAGGGCUUUUGAGGCCUAGGCCUCACUCUGCCACAUUCUCUUGGCCAAAGUAAGACACAGGGCCACCCAGAUUCAAGGGCUGGGAAACAGCCCCACCUCUUGAUGGAAGAGUUGCACAGUGACAUUGUGAGAGGGAUGCAUACAGGAGGGGAAGAAUGGGGCCCUUUUUGCCAUCUGUCUACCUCAGGUGCAUUGCUCAGAAUAAAUUGGUGCAGGGAAGAGGGUGCACCUAAGUAGGAGAGGAACCGUAAUAAGUGGUUCCUUCCUUGGUGGUGCAGAGUACGGUGCAUUCCUACAACCGAGAGAUACCACAUUCAUGUUAAGUACUGAAAUUCCUUCCAAAGCCAAGUACAUGGUUGGGGAACUGGGUCUACAGUACUGCUGCAUAAAGCAACUGUAUUUGUAAAGUUGAGGAGAUCAAUGAGAUAUUUUGGGUGGAGGAACCUGUUACAUAAGUAAAGGAUGUCCUUUUACCCUUUGUGCUGAUUCAAUAGACAAACCAUAUUGUUAGGUGCUGAGCAAAAGGGUGAGCUUCAGCAAAAGUUCUGUCUUUGAUGGAAGAGGCAAAAUUUUGGAAUAUUUGCUCUUUGACAGUCUCUGAGGGAACAUGACUACCCUUGGCCAUCUUCUUUGGGGAGCUGUGGGGUGCUCUGGGAGCUGUGGAGAAGGCAUAAAGCAUUUAAAGCCCUAACAUUCGAUUGGUGAGUCAUUAUUUUUAUUGAGGGUGCUUUUGACACUUGGGCCCUGAGCAUCCCUGAGAAUGGAGAGCAGAUAGCUAGAGAGGCCUUGGGAAUCUAGGGAUGUCCCAGAGAACUAGGAAACACGGUGGACGUUGCUCUGCUCUAGGGCACCAAACAAGGCUGCUUGGAAAGGGUUAUCUGUGGAAUUCCUCCUGACAACUCCCUCCCCUCCCAAGCUGUGUUUGAACAGACUACCUUGCACCUACUACAGAGGAGGGGACCUGAAAUUGGGCUGUGGUGGGACCAGCAGCAAGCACAAGCAGCAGGCACAAGCGUGUCAGGUGAUAUCACUGAAGCCAAGUCCACAGGUGCAGGGGAGCACAGAAGCACAAAACCCUGGACCGACUUUUCCACAUCAGUAUCCUUGAUUUUCUCCCCCCCCCCCCCAACCCUCCUCAGCUCAGGAAGGAUAAUAUAUAUUGGCCACCAGCUUAGAAAAAGUGGCAUUGUAGGCCCAAGCCCUUUUGGGAGGGGAUUAGAGCCCAGUAAAAGCCCUCUGACCCAGGCUCUUGAUUUCUCAUGGGCAUCUGUAGCCCAGGAAACAAGCUCUUACGAGUUGCCUUAAUUUAGGCAGAGGCAGUAAAACGUCUGAGCCUAAAAUGGAAAAGCAAAUUCAUAUUUAUUGGCUUUUAUUUCAAUGACAAAGAAACCAUGAAAAGAAAAUACAUAUUUAACACUCUUAAAAGAGUUUUUUCUAAAUACUAUAUCAGUGGAAAAAUAAGCAUUAUUUCUUUCAUCAGGUUUAUUACGUUUAUGAUUUAUAUCCAGUAAGAUUCACCCUUGUUAGGUGUACAUUAUUAUAAGUUUUAAUAAAAAUAAGUCGUUGUGUAACCACCAUCACCACAAAAGUUCCCCUGUUUUGUUUUGUAGUCAGUCCCUUCCCUACUAUCCCCAACCCCUGGCAACAACUACUUAUUCUCUGUCCCUAUAGUUGUGGCUUUUCCAGAAUGUCAUAUGAAUGGAAUCAUUCAGUUGGUAGCCAUUUGAGUUGGCUUAUUCCAGCAUAAUACCCUUGAGAUCCAUCCAAGUUGUUGGGUACAUCAAUGGUUAGUUCCUUUUUAGUGCUGCAUAGUAUUCCAUUGUAAGGAUGUACCACAGUUUAUAUGUUCACCAACAUUUGAAUUCUUUCCAGUUUGAGUAAUUAAAAAUAAA